GAAAGAUUCGGGAAAAAAUUCAGAAUGCACGCUCCUUAAACCCUAAAAAUGAAAAAUUGAGAAUUUAUCCAUGAUAGAAGAAAGGAAGUUCCAAAGAGGAUUUUGAUCGUUCCAAACUGUAUAUAAACUACCAACCCAUCCGCAUCCGGCUUCGACGAAUAGAAGAGACCAGAAACAGAGGUUUUGAAACUGAUUAGUGAUAACCAACAAAAUGCAGAUUCUUUUCCGGAAGUUACUGCAGACCACAGCGUCAUUCAAACAAGGUAUUGGUCGUUGCACUUAUUCUACCCAUAAAGUCCUCGAUAUUGGGCAGCCAACACCCUUAACUCAUCCUCAGUUACUUAAGGAUGGGCAGAUCACGCCAGGUAUUUAUAGUGAGGAGUACAUCUCAAGAAGAAAAAGGUUGUUGGAGCUUCUUCCAGAGAAGAGUUUGGCCAUCAUUGCAGCUGCCCCUAUAAAGAUGAUGACCAGUGUUGUUCCUUACACAUAUCGACCAGAUGCAGAUUAUUUAUAUAUCACUGGUUGCCAACAACCGGGUGGUGUGGCAGUCUUGGGUCAUGAGUGUGGCUUAUGCAUGUUCAUGCCAGAAGCAACAAAGCAUGAUGUUAUGUGGCAAGGGCAAGUUGCAGGAGUUGAUGCAGCACUAGAAAAUUUCAAGGCUGAGAAAGCAUAUCCAAUUAGCAAACUGUGUGAUGUUCUGCCAGAUAUGAUAAGGAGAAGCUCCAAGUUGUUUCACAACAUGCAGACAGCCACACAAACAUAUACAGAAUUGGAGGCAUUUCAAAAGGCAUCUCUUGUUGGCAAAGUGGAAGACAUCUCCAGUUUCACCAAUGAGUUAAGAUGGAUAAAAUCAUCAGCAGAACUUAAGUUGAUGAGAGAAUCUGCAUCAAUUGCUUGCCAGGCUCUUUUGCAGACAAUGUUAUAUUCCAAGACAUAUCCCUAUGAGAGUAUGCUAGCAGCAAAGGUUGAAUAUGAGUGCAGAAUGAGAGGUGCUCAGAGGAUGGCAUUCAAUCCUGUGGUUGGUGGUGGGUCUAAUGGGAGUGUCAUACAUUAUUCCCGAAAUGAUCAAAAGAUUAGAGAUGGUGAUCUUGUUUUGAUGGAUGUUGGAUGUGAGUUGAAUGGUUAUGUUAGCGAUCUUACUCGUACCUGGCCACCAUGUGGUAGCUUUUCUUCAGCACAAUACGAGCUCUAUGAUCUUAUACUUCAAACAAACAAGUUAUGCAUAAAUCUUUGCAAACCUGGUGCUAGCAUUCGGCAAAUACACAACUACUCGGUUGAAAUGUUGCGUAAGGGGCUUAAGGAGAUUGGAAUUUUGAGAGACAGUGGAAGCAGUUCCUAUCAUCUAUUGAAUCCAACUUCUAUAGGUCACUAUCUAGGAAUGGAUGUCCAUGAUAGUUUUGCUGUGAGCUGUGAUCGUCUUUUGAAGCCAGGUGUUGUGAUAACAAUUGAGCCUGGAGUGUACAUUCCAUCUAUUUUUGAUGGUCCAGAAAGAUUCCAAGGCAUUGGGAUAAGAAUCGAGGAUGAGGUCCUAAUUACAGAAACUGGUUAUGAGGUACUUACUGGCUCAAUGCCAAAAGAAGUAAAACACAUCGAGUCCUUGCUAAACAAUUACAGUCACGGAAGGGGAAUGGAGACCCAGCAUAAUAUGCAAGCUGCUUCCAGUUGACAAUCCACCUAAUACGUCAAAGAGCUAGACAGAGUCCUAUUGGCCUGGGGUUUCACUGCGAAGGUACUUUGCGGUACACCACUUGUGUUGGAAUUAUAGAGCUUCAUUGACAUUUCAUUCUUGGUAUUUCUUUUUGCCUGCCCAAUUCAUGUUAAAAAUGUUUGAUCAUGCGUGGUUACCAUUUUGUUCUUGUUUCAUUCAGUUGAUCUUAUAAUUUCCAAGAAAUGGCUUCAAUACUUUUUUCUUGGGUUGCUGUCUUCCUAUUGAGGUAGGUGGCACUCCUCCUCCUCCUCCUCCUCCUCCCUGGGACAUGAGUGGAGCUGGCUUGUAAUUAUGAUAUUUAUUAUUUAUUGUCAUUGUUAAGCAAGGAAAGUUGAGAUGGGGAUUUAUGUCUACCCAUAAAGCUGGCAAUGUAAAUGGCUUCAAGAGUGUUCAA